ACAGAGAGACGAGCCAUGGAAGAGAGGUCGGGGACUCGCGGGGCCCGGCCGAGAGAGCGCGACCCAGACCGGCGCCCCCGUUCGGAACGAGACCGCCACCCGGAGCGACCGCGGGACGGACCCGGGGACCGGCGCAGGGAGCGAAGCGGGGACAGGGGGAGGGCCCGAGACCCCCACCAGCACAGACCCAGGGACGCGGGCCGCCGCGCAGGUGGACAAAGAGAGUGGGAACAGCCCCGCCCGAGCCGGGCGCGGGACGCAGCCCCGCCCCCCCGGCCCGCGCCCUGGGAAAGCCCGGAGCGGCCGCCCCGGAGGAAGGAGGGCUGGGGCCGCGGCCCGGACAGUGAACCUGCUUCCGGGAGAUACCUGCCCUCGAACCCCAGGCCCGGGCUGGAGGAAGUGGAAUUUUCCCAGUCAGAGGCUGAAGGACUGCUGGACUGCCACAAGUGCAGAUACCUGUGCACCGGGAGAGGUGUGGUGCACAUAGUGGAGGUGAUACUGAACGGGAUGAUCCUCAUGUGCAUCGUGGCCUCCUACUUUGUCCUGGCCGGAUUCAGCGCCAGCUUUACCACCGGUGGCGGCUUUGGGAACAACUAUUACUCACCGUUUGAGGGCACGGAGCUGGAGCAGGUGCGGCAGCUGGACCAGCAGUACACGGUCCUCCGGGCUCCGCUGAUCUACGGCGGCGUGGCUGUUUCUCUGGGGCUGGGUGUCCUCACCAUGGGCGUUUUACUCCGAGGAGCCAAGAGUCUCACGAAACUGCCGGGGAAGUGGCUGCUUUUGGAGGCUGCCUUCAGUCUGCUCGCGGCGGUGGGCUACUGCGUGGGCAUCGGCAUUUACCUCCACGCGGCCUUGCAGAUCAAUUCCACGGACACUUGCAAGAGGAGAGAGAGGCUGUAUGCCCGCAAGGGUCUCACCUGGAUGAACUGCCAGCUGGCGGGCACCGAUGGAGCAGCCGCCACCUUUGCGUGUCUUCUGGUCAUCAUGUACGGUGCCAGCGUGGUGCUGGCCCUGCGGAGCUACCGAGAGCGGCAGCGCUACCAGGACAGCUGGGGACAGCCGAGACACCACAGUGACGCUCCAGGGUACCUGUGGUCUGGGACGCUCUGAGGGCUCUCCUGGAACCCCAAUGUCAACCCAGCCCCCCCUAGUUUCUCCCCCAGAGACGGGUCCUUUAAAACCUGUGGGUUUUCACCUACUUGGUUUUAUGGUUGCUCCCUUUGGUGGCAAGGCAAAGUUACCCAAUUGUCUCACGUUUCUGUUGAAAAAAAGAGGUCACUAAGUCUCUGUGGAAUGACUGGACAAGAGCUUGGAAGGGCAGCACCAGAGGUCCGGGUGGUGUCCGACCCUCCCCUCCCCCCACCCCAUAGGGCCAUGGGGACCUCACGCCCUGUGAGACAGCAGUCACACUAACAGCUCAGUGGCCACAGAUUCUCCGAGAACUGCGCAGCCGGGCUGAGCAGGCCCAGUGUGGCUGGAGAACCGUCUCCCCCACCUUACUGCAAGGCACUCCAGGAGAAAGCUCGCGGAAAACGGAAUUAAAGGAUGGGUUUAUCUCGGUGCCAAAAAGUUUAAGAUCUAUGCCUAUGAGGGAUGUUCAAGAAACUCAUGGAAAAGGUGUUAUGAAAACACAAAAUUUUGUGCACCAAAAGUAGUUAUAAUUCCAACUUUUUUUU